AUGCACCAGGACAUCUGCGGCCUCGCCUUGGAAAAGGGCGUCCCCUUCAUCGUCGUCCAGUUUCCCAGCUCCAGGCCGCUUCUCUGCGAGCUGUUCCUCUACUCCGUCAAGGUCUUCUUCUGGGGCGGCAACGACGGCCGGGAGGCCCUCACCUACGCCGUGCGGAUGGUGCGGCACCCCGGCGUGCGCAUGCUGGUGACGCGGUUCCUGAUGCAUGGGGAGGAGGUGGCGGAGAGAAAGGACUUGUCGUGGGACGACGUGAUCUUUAAGGAGUUCGUCAGGGAGACGGCGGGGUACGAGAGGGUCACGGUGGAGCAGGUGGCGGCGCAGGACAUCAACGAUACGGUGGAGGUGAUCAAGUCGAUCGGGAGCGAGUGCGACUUGGUGAUGGUGGGUCGGGUGCAGUGCGCGGAGUCGAUGCUGGAGGAGACGCUGGGGAAGUGGGUGGAGACGCUGGAACUCGGGGUUGUCGGCGAUAUGCUCGCCUCCAGCGAUUUUGCCAACUUCUCUUUCUCUGUUCCUGUUGUUCAUCAGCAUACCUGA